AUGGUGCAUAUCAAGUACAUUUUGAUUGAUGAAAUGAGCUUCAUUGGUCAAAACGUGUUGGAAAACAUAGAUUCUCAUCUCCGACAAGCAUUCCCCCAAAGUGCACACAUAAGUUUUGCAGGUGUAUCUAUGAUUUUGGUAGGAGAUUUGGGCCAAUUGCCUCCAGUUAAUGACAAACCAGCAUAUGCUAGUAAUAGACGAGCAAAGCCACUAUGGGAGGAAUUCAAAAUUAUGGUUACUUUGGAUAAAAUAUUCAGACAAGAUGGAGAAAAUAUCCAACAACAAAGAUUUCGUCAACUUUUGACAAAUCUAAGGGAUGCAAACCCACAAAUUGAUGAUUGGAAGUUGUUAAUGAUGAGAACCCCUACUAACAUAGAUGUUGGAAGCAAUUCUGAGUUUGAAAAUGUUGUCCAUUUGUUCUCCACAAAUGACAAUUUUCAAAGUCAUAGUCUUGUAAAUGGAGCUUUGGGAUAUGUUCAAAAAAUUGUAUACAAGCCAGGAAGUGCUCCACCUGACCCACCGACAUAUGUGAUGGUUGACUUUGAUAAUUAUUUAGGAUUACCAUUUGAAGAUCAUCAUCCAAAUAUAGUUCCAAUAACAGCAAUACAAAAGGGAAUAACACUUCAGCUACCAUUGAGAUUGGCAUGGGCAUUGAUUAUACAUAAAUCUCAAGGAUUGACUCUUCCAAAAGCAACUAUCGAUAUAGGACCGAGAGAAAGAACUAGAUUAACAUUUGUUGCAGUAUCUCGUGUAAAAUCUCUAGAGGGUCUGAGAAUAAUGCCACCAUUCACAUAUGGCUGUUAUGAGAAAAUGAAAAAGGGUAGACAACUUGCAAAGUGCAAGGCUAAGGAAAAUAGGCUCAAGCUUUUAGAAGAUAAUUGA